AUGCUUCAACAACAAUUUUGUUUUUAUUCAUUCAAUGCAACAUGUAUUCCUUGUCUCGGUACACUAUUCUUUGUUACCAUAGGUUUACUACAUGAAGUACCGUACCGANCUAAAACUAUAUAUGACUUUAUUAGUCCAGUAACUAUACAACCAAACGAUCCGAAUCUUUUUCUAAAUACGUUUUCUACGCUCAAUGGUGAAAAUGUCAUUCGAUCGUAUCAAUGUAGUGAAGGAUGUUCACCAAUUUGUGGACCAAAAUCAUCUGUUGUGUUCACUGAUAAGCGAAUCAUCGCUCGACAUCAAGAACCCGAUGGUUGUGGUUGCUGUUCGAACAUUUCUCAUGUCGAUACCGUUAUCUUCAUGCGUGAUAUCGAAGUGAUGAAAGAAACAGAUCAAUCAACGGGUACACGUUUGGCUGCAUUAAUUAUGGUAUUGACUUGUACAUGGCCGAUACUCCUCUGUAAAGUAUGUUGUGGGGAUCAUCCGAAGGUCUUGGAAAUCAAAGGUGCAUUCGGCUCGGAGUUUAUUAAAUUCAAACGGGAGGAAUUCAAACAUGCAGCCGAUGAAUUAUCGUCCAUAGUUCUGCCAAUGAAGAACUGA